CUACACGUAGUUGGUACAAAUCGUUUUCAAAUUUUGUGUCUGAAAAUGAUUAGUACCAGCUAGCUAGCUACCAUCAAGAACACAAACAGGAGAGGAGCCGCCGGCCCCACCACGCAGCAAAAGACCACCCAGGAGAAUCCAGCUGUCAGAAGAGGAGAGAGAUGUGCUGCUUCAGUGUUGAAGGAACUCAGUUGCCAGAGGUCUACCGCUCGGUGUGGGUGCUCUGCUCACGUUGAGAUGGUUUGUACAUCAAGGUCGUGUUCCAAAUCAUGUGACUCCUCGAGAUGGAUAUAGGAGAGGUGGUCGACAAGCCGUGAAGACUACCAGGUGCUGAUAUUACUGAUUACUUCAACUAUGGCUUCACUGAGGAAACGUGGCGAUUAUAUUGUGACAAACAGCGUAAAAUGAAAACUGAAGUUGGAAACCUCAACAAAAUAGCCGUCCAGAAUAAUCGACCCCUGGUGACCUCUGAGGCUACGGUAUACCCUUCAUCGAUGUCCAAGCUUCCGCUUCCUCUUCCUCUGCCUCCUGGCCAGCCCCACGUUGUGUCCGCUCCCAUCUCCCACACAUCCAUUGCAGCUGCUGCCACCGCUCAACGUGGCAAAACACCCAACGCUGACGGUGGCGGAGGUGAAUCAGAUGGCAGGGCUACUCCAGAGCUACCGACACAGAGCAAUACCAUCAUCAACAUGUCUCUGAAACCAUCACUCAUGCCACCCCCAAUGCUACCACCAUCAUCGCUAGGCAACCUCCCGCCCCCUCCAUUUGGAUUCCCCCCUCCCUUCCACGGAGCCCCGCCCACUGGAGACCAUAACCUGGCCGCAGCAAUGGCCGCCAUGUUUGGAGUGAGACCACCAGACGGCAGUGGUCUACCCAACCUCCCGCCCCCUCAACACGGGUUUCCCCCUAUGCCCCCUCCAGGCAUGGGCAUGGGAAUGGGGGGCAUGCCUGAUGGAAUGCAUCCUCCCUUCCCGGGAAUGCCAUUUCCACCGCCAGGGGAUCAUGGUCCAAUGUCAUUUGAUGAGAGGGGCUUACCCCCCAUGCCCCCUGACAUGCUACACGGUGCCCCCUUUCAUUGGGACCCGGCCAUGGGACCACCUCCCCCUGAGCUCUUUGAGGGAUUCCGCCCACGCAGUAGGUCCCCGUCUCGAUCCACUUCGUCCCGUUCUCGUUCUCGUAGCUCAUCGUACGAGCGCUACAAGAAGAGUUCCUCCCGGAGACACCGCAGGAGGUCUAGGUCGCGCUCACGAGAUCGUGAACGCAGCAGUCGCAGCAGUCGUCAUCACCGUGAGCACCAUCGGAGCGACAGACACGACCGUAACAAAGAACGAGAAAAGCAGACGAGAGCACCGGGAAGAUCGUUCAAGACACGAGCGGUCGAGUCGUCGCCACCGCAGUACAAGCAGGAGCAAGGACAAUGAGAGAAGCAGCCGCAAAGAGAAGACCAAAGCCACUACUGAUGCUGACACAACCAGAGACUCUCGCUCUAGAUCAAGAACUCCUUCCUAGAACUCUAAGACUAAUGUUCUCUCUAGCUAUACCCUCAGUCAGUGUGUGGUCUCACUAUAGAGACACCUUGCUGUGUCUGCUCUAAUGUGCUAUGUCUGUGUGUGUGUCUGUGUUUUUGCACUCUUUAUUCACCUUUUCUUAUGAGGACUGGGACAUUAACGUUUUGCUCACACGCCAUUGA